GAAACCUCAAUCGUCAGCAUCGACGAGGCUGUGUCGCACUGGCGCAAUACCGCAGUUGUAGGGCGCUGUCAACCGACGACCACGGUCACCAUGGAAACCGAUACAAAUUUAUCUGACGACCAAUCAAAUAGCAAGGAUGUUAAACCCAUCCCGAAGAUCGGGUACAAUGAUAUCGGCGGUCUGCGAUCCCAGUUAGCGGCGAUAAGAGAGAUGAUUGAGUUGCCACUUACACAGCCAUCGAUCUUCAAACAGUUUGGUCUGCCUUUGCCCAAAG